CUGUCUAACCCUUUCCCAACUGUCUCCUCUCCUUACGGAGAACUGUCUAACCCUUUCCCAACUGUCUCCUCUCCUUACGGAGAACUGUCUAACCCUUUCCCAACUGUCUCCUCUCCUUACGGAGAACUGUCUAACCCUUUCCCAACUGUCUCCUCUCCUUACGGAGAACUGUCUAACCCUAACCCUUUCCCAACUGUCUCCUCUCCUUACGGAGAACUGUCUAACCCUAACCCUUUCCCAACUGUCUCCUCUCCUUACGGAGAACUGUCUAACUCUUUCCCAACUGUCUCCUCUCCUUACGGAGAACUGUCUAACCCUUUCCCAACUGGCUCCUCUCCUUACGGAGAACUGUCUAACCCUUUCCCAACUGUCUCCUCUCCUUACGGAGAACUGUCUAACCCUUUCCCAACUGUCUCCUCUCCUUACGGAGAACUGUCUAACCCUUUCCCAACUGGCUCCUCUCUUUACUGAGAACUGUCUAACCCUUUCCCAACUGUCUCCUCUCCUUACGGAGAACUGUCUAACCCUUUCCCAACUGUCUCCUCUCCUUACGGAGAACUGUCUAACCCUUUCCCAACUGUCUCCUCUCCUUACGGAGAAACUGUCUAACCCUUUCCCAACUGUCUCCUCUCCUUACGGAGAACUGUCUAACCCCUUUCCCAACUGUCUCCUCUCCUUACUGAGAACUGUCUAACCCUUCCCAACUGUCUCCUCUCCUUACGGAGAACUGUCUAAACCCUUUCCCAACUGUCUCCUCUCCUUACGGAGAACUGUCUAACCCUUUCCCAACUGUCUCCUCUCCUUACGGAGAACUGUCUAAACCCUUUCCCAACUGUCUCCUCUCCUUACGGAGAACUGUCUAAACCCUUUCCCAACUGUCUCCUCUCUUUACUGAGAACUGUCUAACCCUUUCCCAACUGUCUCCUCUCCUUACGGAGAACUGUGUAACCCUUUCCCAACUGUCUCCUCUCCUUACGGAGAACUGUCUAACCCUUUCCCAACUGUCUCCUCUCUUUACUGAGAACUGUCUAAACCCUUUCCCCAACUGUCUCCUCUCCUUACGGAGAACUGUCUAACCCUUUCCCAACUGUCUCCUCUCCUUACGGAGAACUGUCUAACCCUUUCCCAACUGUCUCCUCUCUUUACUGAGAACUGUCUAACCCUUUCCCAACUGUCUCCUCUCCUUACGGAGAACUGUCUAACCCUAACCCUUUCCCAACGGUCUCCUCUCCUUACGGAGAACUGUCUAACCCUUUCCCAACUAUCUCCUCUCCUUACGGAGAACUGUCUAACCCUUUCCCAACUGUCUCCUCUCCUUACGGAGAACUGUCUAACCCUUUCCCAACUGGCUCCUCUCUUUACUGAGAACUGUCUAACCCUUUCCCAACUGUCUCCUCUCCUUACGGAGAACUGUCUAACCCUUUCCCAACUGUCUCCUCUCCUUACUGAGAACUGUCUAACCCUUUCCCAACUGGCUCCUCUCCUUACGGAGAACUGUCUAACCCUUUCCCAACUGUCUCCUCUCCUUACGGAGAACUGUCUAACCCUUUCCCAACUGUCUCCUCUCCUUACGGAGAACUGUCUAACCCUAACCCUUUCCCAACUGUCUCCUCUCCUUACGGAGAACUGUCUAACCCUUUCCCAACUGGCUCCUCUCUUUACUGAGAACUGUCUAACCCUUUCCCAACUGUCUCCUCUCCUUACGGAGAACUGUCUAACCCUAACCCUUUCCCAACUGUCUCCUCUCCUUACGGAGAACUGUCUAACCCUUUCCCAACUGUCUCCUCUCCUUACGGAGAACUGUCUAACUCUAACCCUUUCCCAACUGCCUCCUCUCCUUACGGAGAACUGUCUAACCCUUUCCCAACUGUCUCCUCUCCUUACGGAGAACUGUCUAACCCUUUCCCAACUGUCUCCUCUCUUUACUGAGAACUGUCUAACCCUUUCCCAACUGUCUCCUCUCCUUACUGAGAACUGUCUAACCCUUUCCCAACUGUCUCCUCUCCUUACGGAGAACUGUCUAACCCUAACCCUUUCCCAACUGUCUCCUCUCCUUACGGAGAACUGUCUAACCCUUUCCCAACUGUCUCCUCUCCUUACUGAGAACUGUCUAACCCUUUCCCAACUGCCUUCUCUCCUUACGGAGAACUGUCUAACCCUUUCCCAACUGUCUCCUCUCCUUACGGAGAACUGUCUAACCCUUUCCCAACUGUCUCCUCUCUUUACUGAGAACUGUCUAACCCUUUCCCAACUGUCUCCUCUCUUUACUGAGAACUGUCUAACCCUUUCCCAACUGUCUCCUCUCCUUACUGAGAACUGUCUAACCCUUUCCCAACUGUCUCCUCUCCUUACGGAGAACUGUCUAACCCUUUCCCAACUGUCUCCUCUCCUUACGGAGAACUGUCUAACCCUUUCCCAACUGUCUCCUCUCCUUACGGAGAACUGUCUAACCCUUUCCCAACUGGCUCCUCUCUUUACUGAGAACUGUCUAACCCUUUCCCAACUGUCUCCUCUCCUUACGGAGAACUGUCUAACCCUUUCCCAACUGUCUCCUCUCCUUACUGAGAACUGUCUAACCCUUUCCCAACUGUCUCCUCUCCUUACGGAGAACUGUCUAACCCUUUCCCAACUGUCUCCUCUCCUUACGGAGAACUGUCUAACCCUUUCCCAACUGUCUCCUCUCCUUACGGAGAACUGUCUAACCCUUUCCCAACUGGCUCCUCUCUUUACUGAGAACUGUCUAACCCUUUCCCAACUGUCUCCUCUCCUUACGGAGAACUGUCUAACCCUUUCCCAACUGUCUCCUCUCCUUACGGAGAACUGUCUAACCCUUUCCCAACUGUCUCCUCUCCUUACGGAGAACUGUCUAACCCUUUCCCAACUGUCUCCUCUCCUUACGGAGAACUGUCUAACUCUAACCCUUUCCCAACUGUCUCCUCUCCUUACGGAGAACUGUCUAACCCUUUCCCAACUGUCUCCUCUCCUUACGGAGAACUGUCUAACCCUUUCCCAACUGUCUCCUCUCCUUACGGAGAACUGUCUAACCCUUUCCCAACUGGCUCCUCUCUUUACUGAGAACUGUCUAACCCUUUCCCAACUGUCUCCUCUCCUUACGGAGAACUGUCUAACCCUUUCCCAACUGUCUCCUCUCUUUACUGAGAACUGUCUAACCCUUUCCCAACUGUCUCCUCUCCUUACGGAGAACUGUCUAACCCUAACCCUUUCCCAACUGUCUCCUCUCCUUACGGAGAACUGUCUAACCCUUUCCCAACUGUCUCCUCUCCUUACUGAGAACUGUCUAACCCUUUCCCAACUGUCUCCUCUCCUUACGGAGAACUGUCUAACCCUUUCCCAACUGCCUUCUCUCCUUACGGAGAACUGUCUAACCCUUUCCCAACUGUCUCCUCUCCUUACGGAGAACUGUCUAACCCUUUCCCAACUGUCUCCUCUCCUUACGGAGAACUGUCUAACCCUUUCCCAACUGUCUCCUCUCCUUACGGAGAACUGUCUAACCCUUUCCCAACUGGCUCCUCUCUUUACUGAGAACUGUCUAACCUUUCCCAACUGUCUCCUCUCCUUACGGAGAACUGUCUAACCCUUUCCCAACUGUCUCCUCUCCUUACGGAGAACUGUCUAACCCUUUCCCAACUGUCUCCUCUCCUUACGGAGAACUGUCUCAACCCUUUCCCAACUGUCUCCUCUCCUUACGGAGAACUGUCUAACCCUAACCCUUUCCCAACUAUCUCCUCUCCUUACGGAGAACUGUCUAACUCUAACCCUUUCCCAACUGUCUCCUCUCCUUACGGAGAACUGUCUAAACCCUUUCCCAACUGUCUCCUCUCCUUACGGAGAACUGUCUAACCCUUUCCCAACUGUCUCCUCUCCUUACGGAGAACUGUCUAAACCCUUUCCCACUGGCUCCUCUCUUUACUGAGAACUGUCUAACCCUUUCCCAACUGUCUCCUCUCCUUACGGAGAACUGUCUAACCCUUUCCCAACUGUCCCUCCUCUCUUUACUGAGAACUGUCUAACCCUUUCCCAACUGUCUCCUCUCCUUACGGAGAACUGUCUAACCCUAACCCUUUCCCAACUGUCUCCUCUCCUUACGGAGAACUGUCUAAACCCUUUCCCAACUGUCUCCUCUCCUUACUGAGAACUGUCUAAACCCUUUCCCAACUGUCUCCUCUCCUUACGGAGAACUGUCUAACCCUUUCCCAACUGCCUUCUCUCCUUACGGAGAACUGUCUAACCCUUUCCCAACUGUCUCCUCUCCUUACGGAGAACUGUCUAACCCUUUCCCAACUGUCUCCUCUCCUUACGGAGAACUGUCUAACCCUUUCCCAACUGCCUUCUCUCCUUACGGAGAACUGUCUAACCCUUUCCCAACUGUCUCCUCUCCUUACGGAGAACUGUCUAACCCUUUCCCAACUGUCUCCUCUCCUUACCGAGAACUGUCUAACCCUUUCCCAACUGUCUCCUCUCCUUACGGAGAACUGUCUAACCCUUUCCCAACUGUCUCCUCUCCUUACGGAGAACUGUCUAACCCUUUCCCAACUAUCUCCUCUCCUUACGGAGAACUGUCUAACCCUUUCCCAACUAUCUCCUCUCCUUACGGAGAACUGUCUAACCCUUCCCAACUGUCUCCUCUCUUUACUGAGAACUGUCUAACCCUUUCCCAACUGUCUCCUCUCCUUACGGAGAACUGUCUAACCCUUUCCCAACUGUCUCCUCUCCUUACGGAGAACUGUCUAAACCCUUUCCCAACUGUCUCCUCUCCUUACGGAGAACUGUCUAACCCUUUCCCAACUGGCUCCUCUCCUUACGGAGAACUGUCUAACCCUUUCCCAACUGGCUCCUCUCCUUACCGAGAACUGUCUAACCCUUUCCCAACUGUCUCCUCUCUUUACUGAGAACUGUCUAACCCUUUCCCAACUGUCUCCUCUCCUUACGGAGAACUGUCUAACCCUUUCCCAACUGGCUCCUCUCCUUACCGAGAACUGUCUAACCCUUUCCCAACUGUCUCCUCUCUUUACUGAGAACUGUCUAACCCUUUCCCAACUGUCUCCUCUCUUUACUGAGAACUGUCUAACCCUUUCCCAACUGUCUCCUCUCCUUACGGAGAACUGUCUAACCCUAACCCUUUCCCAACUGUCUCCUCUCUUUACUGAGAACUGUCUAACCCUUUCCCAACUGUCUCCUCUCCUUACUGAGAAUUGUCUAACCCUUUCCCAACUGUCUCCUCUCCUUACUGAGAACUGUCUAACCCUUUCCCAACUGCCUCCUCUCCUUACGGAGAACUGUCUAACCCUUUCCCAACUGUCUCCUCUCCUUACUGAGAACUGUCUAACCCUUUCCCAACUGUCUCCUCUCCUUACGGAGAACUGUCCUAACCCUUUCCCCAACUGUCUCCUCUCCUUACGGAGAACUGUC